AUGAGCAGCGAUAGAGUUUCUCCGAAGUCGCACAACACAUAUGUGCUUGUUACAGGCGCCAACAGUGGUCUGGGCCUCGCAACCUGCUGUCGUCUGAUCGAUGAAUUCCUCGACUCUCGGCCACCGACUCAUCAAUUGACCCUAGUAUUCACCACCCGAGACGACAGGAAAGGCAGCGCCACCCUCGCCGCCUUGAAGAAACAUGAGUCCAACCACAAGACCAUCCUACCCAGAGUUCGCAUUUCGCAUCCGCCCAUCUUCUUCCGGUCGGAGAACCUCGAACUUACAUCCCUCCUCUCCAUCAGAGCCCUCACUCAGCGUCUACUGCGAAGUGCUAUACCCAGACUCGAUGCAAUCAUACUCAAUGCCGGUGUAGGCGGCUUCGUCGGCAUCAAAUGGCCGCAGGCUUUCUGGACAGCUGGGACCGAUCUAGUGGAAGCCACAACAUGGCCGACGUUCAAACUCUCAGCGACGGGGCUAAUCACGCCGCCUCAACUACCCUCCUCAACACGACCAGACCGCGAGGACGAAGAACCAGUCCUAGGUGAAAUCUUCUGCGCCAACAUCUUCGGCCACUACCUGCUCACACACUGGCUGAUGCCCCUCCUCCGAGCCUGCCCGCAUUCCCAUCCAGCACGAAUCAUCUGGCUCUCAUCCAUCGAAGCGCAACCCCACCACUUCAACCCAUCCGACAUCCAAGCCCUCACAUCCCGCAACGCCUACGAACACGCCAAGCGCAUGACAGACCUCCUGGCCCUAACCUCCUCCACCGAAAAUCGCGCAACCUCCAAAUCGGUUCAUUCCUUCCUUUCCCUCCCCUCCCCAACCGACAGACGCCUCACCAACAACCCCUGCCCCUCCAAACCAACCAUCCACGUAGCCCACCCCGGCAUCUGCGCCACCUCCAUCGUUCCCCUCCCUUUCCUCCUCAACCUCCUCAUGAUCCUCGCGCCUUCUACGCUGCCCGCCUCCAUACCGUCUCCGCCUACGUCGGCCGGGCCCGCGAAAUGGGGAUCCGCGGUGACGAGGUGGGGAAGGGGCAGCGUGCAGAGGACGGAUGUGUCAGGGUGGGGGUUGAGCGGGGAUGGUGGGGUCGUGGAGUGGUGGCAGGCGGGGCCGGGCUGGCUUGGGGGAUGGGGGAGGAAGCGGGGAGCUAGGGAUGCGACGAGGGAGGAUGUCGAGGGCUUUGUGGAGGAGGGGCAGCUGGUAUGGAGGGAGUUGGAGGCGUUGAGGGAGGUGUGGGAGGGGAGGAUUGAGGAAUAUGAGAGAAGUGAGAAGAAGGCAGAGUAG